AUGAACACUGACUGUCAUUGGUAUACGUUACCACAAAUCGAAUCGGAUGAUCAUAAUGACACAAGUUCCGAUGAAUCUGAUCUUGACGUGAUAUCGAUCGUUGAUGAAACAGACAAUAUUGCCAUUUCGAUCAAGAAUCAUUUUAAUCUCGAUGAUGAUGACGAAGAUAACAAUAACGAAGAGGCAACUGAUAUUCAACAGUCGAAUUUAGUCUUGAACUCAAAUGAUACUGAACUCGAUGAAGAUCUAAAUGAUCUGAAUGCAGAUAUUGUAUCAACUGAUCAAUCGUCCUUGCUUGGCUCAUCAACAGCUGUAUCUAACUUGAUGGAUGAGAGUCCAUCAUGCAAGCGUAAACGCCGACAAUGGUCAACUGCAGAGAAGCUACAUGCCGUCCAUAUGUUGGAAAAAGCUGCUGAUAAUAAACUGCUCACGCGUGCUAGUACAUGGGGUCCAAAACGCGGUGCUAUGAGCGCCUUCUUACCUCGUGACGUGGUAAAUAUGGACGAAAGUCCUCUUAGUUUACUCGGUGACCAAACAAAAUUAUAA